ACGGGCAAAACACACUCAGCCUGUUACGUUGUUCCCGCCCGUCGCCACCCUAAAUUUCGCCUCUGUUUCCCGAAUUUCCUUUCACUUACUAGAAAAAACUUUAAAACCCUCAAGUUUCACUUUUGGAACCAACAUGAAGCGCUCUCGCCUCCACUGCUCCUCUAGCCGCAACAUCCGUGUCCUCAACCCUCCGCCAGCUGCUGCUGCUGCUUCUGCUUCUGCUUCUGCUUUUCGGUGGGCUCACGCGCCACUUCUUCCGUAAUUUCUGCCUAUGCACCUUCGCCGAAGGUUUGGGAGAUGACGAGGGUAGGGGUCUUGAUCGUGUCGGCGCCGGAUGUGAAUGUGAAAAUGGGGCAGCGGCAGGGAGAGCAAGUGAGUCAUUUCUUGGACAAAUGCUUCUUUUGCAAGAAGGAGCUGUGUCAGAUUGAUGAAAGAUUUAUGUACGGUGACGUUCGUGCAUUUUGCACUCCUGAAUGCCGCUUUAAGCAGAUUGCUGUUGACAAGGAGAAGGAGAAAGUUUCUAAACAAUCAACUGGAACAAAGACAGAGUUUAGCAGGAAGAAUGAUUUGCAGUAUCGGCGUGGUGCUCAACCGCAGAAGCACGCAUAUUAACUUUGUCCUUCAUAACUAGUUAGUUCACUAACUCUGGUGGUGCACAGCUUGUCAAGUUUUUGAGAUUGGCAUGCACUUGUUCACAUGGCAUCAUGGCUGACACAUCAUCAGUAUGGUACACUUGCACUAGUGGUUUUUCUAGGAGUAAAAUCUCUAGGUUUUCGGAGGAUUUAACAUUUUGUUUCAACUUUGAAGCGGAAUUAUGAUGCCAUGAUAUGAUAUUUUUAAUCUUUCAAAAUGCUCCUUGCUCGGAUAGUUUGUUCACUCAUAUAUCAUUUGGUUACAGUUACAGGUUCUUCUCCACUCUCUCAAUCCAUUUUACUGAUAUUUACAAUUUUCAGAAGAUGAAUUUCACUUCUUUUUUUUGUUGGA